AUGGACCCAUACGUGAUUCAGAUGAAAGGCAACAACCUUCCCUCAGUUCUGGAUGUGCACGUGAACAUCAGUGGGAGAAGCUCCGUGCUGGGAAAAAUGAGGGGCAGGAAGGCCAGAUGGUCUGUGAGGCCCUCGGACAUGUCCAACAAAACUUUCAAUCCCAUCCGGGCCAUCGUGGACACCAUGAAGGUGAAGCCAAACCCAAACAAAACCAUAAUUGCUCUGUCGAUUGGGGACCCUACUGUGUUUGGAAACCUGCCUACAGACCCUGAAGUUACACAAGCAGUGAAAGAUGCCCUGGACUCGGGGAAGUACAAUGGCUAUGCCCCUUCCAUUGGCUACCUAUCCAGUCGGGAGGAAGUCGCUUCUUAUUAUCACUGUCCUGAGGCGCCCCUGGAAGCUAAGGAUGUCAUUCUGACGAGUGGCUGCAGUCAGGCUAUUGAACUUUGUUUAGCUGUAUUGGCCAACCCAGGGCAAAAUAUCCUAGUUCCAAGACCCGGCUUCUCUCUCUACAGGACUUUGGCUGAAUCUAUGGGAAUUGAAGUCAAACUCUACAAUUUAUUGCCAGAGAAGUCUUGGGAAGUUGACAUAAAACACCUGGAAUCUCUGAUUGAUGAAAAGACAGCUUGUCUCAUUGUCAAUAAUCCAUCAAACCCCUGUGGGGCAGUGUUCAGUAAAAGUCACCUCCAGAAAAUUCUGGCUGUGGCUGCGAGGCAAUGUGUCCCCAUCUUAGCUGAUGAGAUCUAUGGAGACAUGGUGUUUUCAGAUUCCAAAUUUGAGCCUCUGGCCACCCUCAGCAACAACGUCCCCAUCCUGUCCUGUGGAGGGCUGGCCAAGCGCUGGCUGGUUCCAGGCUGGAGGCUAGGCUGGAUCCUCAUCCAUGACCGCAGAGACAUUUUUGGCAAUGAGAUCCGAGAUGGGCUGGUGAAGCUGAGUCAGCGGAUCCUGGGCCCCUGUACCAUUGUCCAGGGAGCUCUGAAGAGCAUCCUGCGCCGCACCCCGCAAGAGUUCUACCGCAACACUCUAAGCUUCCUCAAGUCCAAUGCUGAUCUCUGCUACGGGGCAUUGGCUGCCAUCCCUGGGCUCCGGCCAAUCCGCCCUCUGGGGGCCAUGUACCUCAUGGUUGGAAUUGAGAUGGAACAUUUCCCAGAGUUUGAGAACGAUGUGGAAUUCACGGAGCGGUUAGUUGCUGAGCAAUCUGUCUACUGCCUCCCAGCGGCGUGCUUCGAGUACCCGAAUUUCUUGCGAGUGGUGAUCACAGUCCCCAAAGUGAUGCUGCUGGAAGCCUGCAGCCGGAUCCAGGAGUUCUGCGAGCAGCACUACCACUGCGCGGAAGGGAGCCAGGAGGAGUGUGACAAAUAGGCCAGAGGUCGCUCGCCUGCGUCUGUGUCCUAUCAGGGAGGGCUGGCCUGGCCCUGUUGCCCCUCAGGGAGUCAGGUGCUCCUGCCGGGAGGGGCCUCAAAAACAUGUCAAGGUUCAGAAUUGCUCCUGUUUUCCCCCAGCUCUAUCCACAUAUACACUCGGAAUCCCAGAUUCUCCUCUCUGCUCUGCCGGAGGGACUCACUAAUUCACGAAUUUGCCCCCUCUCACAUGUCUCCCUCCUUUUUUCUGAGACGAUCAGGGGAGAAAAGCUCAUCAGAAAGCCUUAGAUACAUGAAAAUCAAAAGUUCAGGAUGAGAGAAACAAAAGAUUGAGAGAACUUGUGCCUCUAACCAUUUCCCCAUCCUGGAAGUAAAAACACACUCUCCCCCGUUAAGUCUGAAGCCCAGCUCUGUUACUGCCUCACUUCAGGUAUACCUCGCUUUAUGCAAUAGAGCUAAAACAAAAGAAGUAUUUCGUUAAUUAUGUUCUAAAUGUGUUAGAAAAAUUUGCUAAUUUGAAGAUCCCUUACAGAAAUCUUUCCGCUGAUUUCUUUUGUAAAGAAUUAUUGAUCAUAAAGGUAACUGAUCACCUUUCUAAAUUUAGAUAUGUGUGUAUCAGGCUAUUUUAAAAUGAUCACAGAUCUGUACUAAAAAAAGGAAGAAUCAAAGGAUCUUCCAAAAAUACAGCCAUGUAAGGACCAGAAAUAGCCUCACUUGUCCUUGUUAUGGAAUCAUAUUACUUUUGCUGUAACACUGAUAUUGAUUUAUUGAUAUAUAUAUUAUAUCUUUUCAUAUGUUUUCUAAGAAACAUUUAUAUUGACAAAAUAUUUUGCCAAGGGCAUAAAUUAUUGUUUUUCUUUCUUUUUUUUAAAAAAAUAAAUUUUACUAAGUAUG